AACUUGCAGGGCCGACGACGACGUACUCAAGCACCGGCUGCGCUACUACUGAUCUCCAUCUUUGUUUGUCUCCUGUCCCUUCAUUACCACCUUUUGCCCUUCUUCUACCUGUCUAUUAUUCCCCUUUUCAGCUUGUGUGCCCGGAUUGACAGACCACCAAAGCUGCUGUGAUUUUUGUUUUGGCCCGUCCCUCCUAUCACAGACUUCACCACUUCACACAAUGGCUCCCUCAACCGAGACCGCCUCGCCUAUCGGCAUCGCCAAUCUUCCCAACCAACGCCACAAGAUAGUCGCAAAGCGGGGUGCAGCUUUCACGAUCAUGGUUGCUGGCGAAUCUGGUUUGGGAAAGACGACCUUCAUCAACACCCUCUUCUCUACCACGAUCAAGAACUACGCCGACCACAAGAAGCGACAUGCCAAGCAGAUCGACAAGACCGUCGAGAUUGAGAUCACCAAGGCAGAGCUGGAGGAGAAGUUCUUCAAAGUCCGCCUGACUGUUAUUGACACUCCUGGGUUUGGUGACUACGUUAACAACCGGGAUUCGUGGCAACCGAUCAUUGAAUUCCUCGAUGAUCAGCAUGAGUCGUACAUGUUGCAGGAACAACAACCCCGCCGGACGGACAAGAUCGACUUGCGUGUCCACGCCUGCCUCUACUUCAUCCGCCCUACUGGCCACACCUUGAAGCCUCUUGAUAUUGAAGUUAUGAAGCGUCUCAGCUCGCGAGUUAACUUGAUCCCUGUUGUUGCCAAGGCUGAUACCCUCAGCCCAGCUGACCUUGCUCGUUUCAAGCAGAGAGUCCGUGCUGUUAUUGAAGCCCAGGGUAUCAAGAUCUACCAACCCCCAAUUGAGGAGGACGAUGAACACGCCGCUGCCCACGCUCGUAGCUUGAUGGCAGCUAUGCCUUUUGCCGUUAUUGGUUCUGAAAAGGACGUCAAGAACAACGAGGGCAAGGUUGUCAAGGGUCGUCAAUAUGCUUGGGGUGUUGCCGAGGUUGAGAACGAGGACCACUGCGACUUCAAGAAACUCCGUUCCAUCCUCAUCCGUACCCACAUGCUCGAUCUCAUCCAUACCACCGAGGAGUCUCACUACGAAGCCUACCGUGCCCAACAGAUGGAGACAAGAAAGUUUGGCGAAGCCCGACCCCGCAAGCUAGACAACCCCAAGUUCAAGGAAGAGGAAGAGACCCUGCGCAAGCGCUUCACAGAACAGGUCAAGGUCGAAGAACAGCGUUUCAGACAGUGGGAGCAGAAGCUUAUCGCCGAACGCGAUCGCCUCAACAAGGACUUGGAGGCUACCCACGCAGCCAUCAAACAACUCGAACAGGAAAUGGAAACAAUGCAGGGCUCUACCCGAAGCCACGGCCGUCGCUAGAUAUUUCCGGGCUAAUGCUUGUGUUUCGAAGAUAUGCUUUGGCUGUUGACGACAGUUUACAACAUGUCGACAUUAUUUUCUAUUUGCGAUAACCCCUUUCUCUUUUGGCGUGAUAUUUCGAUGAGCGAAAAAAAGUACUAAACCUUCCGGACCAGACGAUGCCCGGGCCAGGUGCGCUGCUCUGUUUUCGUUUGGUAUAUUGUUGAGUGAUGGCCUCUACUUUUGCCCUACAUAAUAUCCUUUCUCUUGUGUCGUAGCGUGCCAAUGCAAUUUUAAUCUCUAUUGUGCGAGUGGAAUACAUACGUGCAUUUACGUAGCUGAA